UCCGGGUUCCGGUGUGAUUCGAGUUAAAACGCAAACGUGGAGUCGUGGACACGCGUAUUAUUCCGGAGCAAUCGAGCGCCGCGCAUGUCGCGGCAGUGCUUUCGCGUUACGGUGGUGGCAGCAGCGUGACAUAACCUAGCCAACCUCGUCGUUACCCGUCGUCGUUGUCGUGGUGGUUUACGUGGUCCUUCUUCGCGAGAGGAAACACGACCUCAUCGUCGAAAUCGGCUACUCGCGCGCGGAACGCCGGCGGAAUCCGCGAAUCUCUCGCGCGGCUACUUCGACACGCGUGUCUGUCGUGAUGAUCGAGCGUGGAACGUCGAGCAUCGUGCAUGUUUGUCACCGUCCGGCCGCGAAGUCUCUCUAGUUCCGCGGGUCCACGGAGUUGUAAGUGGAAAAAAAAUCCAACGUAGUUCCUCGCCGUUGCGUCGGGCGCAACGGACGUUCGGACCGCGAGCGCGAGGGUGGUGUCGUCGCCGUCGUGCCGUCGCCGUCGCCGUGGGUGUCGUCGGAGGUGUAUUUACACGGUGCGCAAUUCCGUCGUGGUCGUGAGAGCGAGCGAGCGAGCGAGCGUGAGAGAGACGGAGAGAGACCGAGCGAGCCGUACCGCGAAGUAUCGCGCGAGCGUCGAAAGUAACGAGUCAUCUACCGAUCCAAGAUGGCAGAAGGCCAGCAGGAGGGUGGUCCGAAGAAGAUCACCAUCAACGUGAAAACUCCCAAGGAAAAGCAGACCGUGGAGAUCGAGGAGAAUGCGACGAUAAAGGAGUUUAAGGAGGCGGUCUCCAAAAAGUUCAACGCACAGGCCGAUCAGCUGUGCCUCAUCUUCGCCGGUAAGAUCAUGAAGGACCACGAGACUCUCAGCACGCACAACAUCAAGGACGGCCUGGCGGUGCACCUGGUGAUCAAGGCACCGCGCACCGCCACCACGCAAAAUCAGGAGUCCAACUCGGCCUCGAGACCACAAGCCGACGUCAGUGCCAGUCCAUUUGGCUUGGGGAGCUUGGGUGGACUGAUGGGAUUGGAAUCCCUUGGCUUAGGAUCAGCUAAUUUCAUAGACUUACAGCAACGCAUGCAACGGGAAUUGCUGUCGAACCCAGAAACAAUGCGUCAAGUGCUCGAUAAUCCACUGGUGCAGAGUUUGAUGAACGACCCGGAGAACAUGCGCAAUCUGGUCACCGCCAAUCCCCAAAUGCAAGAACUGAUGCAACGUAACCCGGAAAUCAGUCAUAUGUUGAAUAACCCAGAACUCUUACGGCAAACGAUGGAAUUGGCACGUAACCCGUCAAUGCUACAGGAACUGAUGCGCUCGCACGAUCGAGCUUUAUCUAAUCUAGAAAGCAUACCUGGCGGAUACAGCGCUCUCCGUCGCAUGUAUCGCGAUAUUCAGGAGCCAAUGCUAGCAGCGGCGACGAACGGCCGUAAUCCCUUCGCCGCUCUAGUGGAAAACAGCAAUUCCAAUCAGGACUUGCAGAAUCCACAGCAGGGUCAGGAAAAUCGGGAUCCGCUGCCGAAUCCGUGGGGUCAAAACCAGAGCGAAAGCGGCAGCGGCACGGGACAGCAGAGUCAAGGCAGAGGUCUGCUAGAUUCGCCGGGUAUGCAGAGCCUCACGGCACAGAUGAUGGAGAAUCCGCAGUUAAUGCGAAACAUGCUAAACGCUCCGUAUACGAGAUCUCUACUGGAAGCGAUGGCGGCUGAUCCGGCGAUGGCCAACCGGGUGAUCGCGGCGAGUCCGUUCCUCCGCGGUAAUCCACAGAUGCGAGAACAGAUGCGUGCGAUGUUGCCCGCUUUCAUACAACAGUUGCAAAACCCGCAGAUACAGAGCGUCGUCACCAAUCCGGACGCUCUGGCUGCUAUCAUGCAGAUCCAGCGGGGUAUGGAACAACUUCGCACCGUCGCUCCCGAACUCGUGGAGAACAUGGGUCUCACGGUCCCACCUGCGCCUACAACACCUAACACGGGCGGCACCAAUACCAGUGUACCGACCAAUCAACCAGCGGAUAGCAAUCAGCAAGAUGCGUUUUCCCAAUUCAUGGCACGUAUGGUUUCUGCAAUGGCAUUAAAUCAAGGUGUAGAAGUUGACGGUCAACCAGUACCUCCACCAGAAGAGCGUUACAGAGCACAGUUAGAGCAACUUACAGCUAUGGGUUUUCUUAAUAGAGAUGCUAAUUUACAAGCGUUAAUCGCCACAUUCGGAGACAUAAAUGCUGCCGUUGAGAGAUUACUCUCCAAUGGACAAGUGUCUAUGAGCUAACCACCAAUCCGCAAUACUGUUAUUCCAAUAUUACCUUUAAUUUUAUCCUUAUUUACCUCUUACGUUAAUGUACGUGAGAGAUACUUGAGGUAACUGGCUGUCAAAAAUUAUAAACUUAUAUCCUCUUUCCCUCCCUUCUCUACUCCCUUUUUCUCAGUCUUGACGGAAUACACGCUACUCACUCGUUCAAUUUGCAGUUUUUCUUAUUUAGAUUCAGAUUUGUCUGUGUUUUAGACAAUAGAGAAAUAUCAAUGGUACGGCCAUUACUACUCGUUUCGCGAUCAGUUGUUUACAUUUUCAAAUCUCUAUUCUUGGUUUUCUGUGUAUCCUCUUUGAUGUGCUCUACGUACAGUCAAUUUCCUAUGUUCUCAGAUCAUUAGAACCGAGGAUUUUCUCUGUUCUUUUAUCUUGGUCGCUAUUUAUUGUAAUGAUAUGUGCACAAAAUGAAAAUAUUGCGUGUUUCGGCUUUCACCCACUUUUUCACACUAACUUGUGAGCAUGUAACCAAAAAAGACAAAUCUCAAGACACAUGACUAACGAGGUAAAUAACUUGCAAGUAUCCUCUUCUUCUGCUUCUCUAAUCUAAUGAAUUUUAUAUAUGUGUGGUAUAGAAAAUUGAAAUGAGAGACACGCAUUUAUAUAUAUAUAUAUGCUCUUACGCACUUGGCGUAACAUCCCUUUGAACAAAAUCGACAUUUAUUACCGUUCCAACGUAAUACAUUUAAAAAUAUAAAAAUUGAUUUGUUUUAACUCCUUUACACGCAUAAAAGUGUUUAUUAAAACAAAACCAUGUUUUUUAUUUCGAUUUAAACUACAAGAUUUUCUUCCCAAGAUUAAACUUACAGCGUUUUAAUCUUGGGAGGAAAGAAUGGACACUUGCAUGUAUUUCCAUGUAAAUAAAUAUACAAUAAAUCACAUGGUACUACGAUUCCUUAAGGCCGGUUCCACAAAAUAUAAAAUUAACUUUAAACUUGGUUUAAUUUACUGUUUAUCGCUUUCUAAUUCUUAGAUUAGAAAAAGAUAAAGCAAAGUUGAACUUUGGUUAAAUUUAAUUAAUUGUGAAUUUUGAAACCGGGUCUUAAAGAACAGAAAUCCAAAUAAAAGAGAAAAGACAGUUAACUUGGGCUGGAAUAAAACUCUAGACUAUAUAGACUCUUGGAACAACAGGAAAUUGACUGUAGCUCCGUUGAUGUCAUUUUCCGUGUAAAUUUUUUUGAAGUGUCGAGCUGAUUCUGAGUAGAUUGUAAUAUGACGAUAUUCACACACGACAGUUCAUUAUCGCGUAAUAUCUUUAUGACGAUUUCGUAGGAACAUAAACGGAACCUGCAUGGAAAAUAUAGAUUGCCGCUAUUUAACGAACUCGCUUUCUCGGCUUCUCGGCGAUCGAUCGAGAGUGUAUUCGCAGUACAGUCAAUCAUCCCUUUUGCUUUCAGAUAUCCCAAUACUUGUAAUCUUGUAGCGAGGUAUGUUAUUUGUACGCUCUCAAUAAAGAAACCGAACGUUGAAGCCCGUUGGGAAUGAAUGUAA